AUGAAUUUACAGACUUUUAUAACCCAAAUACAAUCGCAAGCCAAUUCACACAAUACAUUUGAUUCAAACAGAUCACAACUCCGUGGAUUAUACCGUGAUGGAAGUAUGCUCACCUGGGAAUCCAACCAAAUCUUGGGUGUCAAUGCCAUUCUCGAAAAGUUAGAAGGCCUCCCAUUCCAAAAGGUCGUUCAUAAGACAGACACAAUAGACGCACAACCUAGCUCCGCAUCCGUCGCAUCCUUGAUGGUUCUCGUUACCGGUCAAUUGAUCGUCGACGAUAGUCCAAACCCUAUCGCAUUCUCACAAGUUUUCCAACUCAUGCCUGAAGGUGGCUCAUAUUACGUACAAAACGAUGUUUUCCGUCUCGUUUACGGUUAA